CUGAAAUUACUCAAGAUUGUUCAAAAUCAUUCACAUUUUGACAAGUUAUCAUUAUUUGUCAAUGAAAAUCAACACCUUUUAGAAUGUUUACCUUAUAUUGCUCUUAAGAAAACAGUCGGUAGCCUUACAGCUAAUGAAGAUUUUGAUUUGAUGAAAUAUUCAGAAUUUUUAACAAUGUCAAAAAAUGUAAAGGAGAAAGCAGGAACAGGAUCGGAGCCUUUUUCAGGUGCACUUCUUAAACUAAUGAAGAGUGUGAAAUUGUCAUCAGAAAUAUUAACAUUAUUGGUAGAAUAUUACAAUAAUGCUUAUAGUAAUUCUUUUGUGUUCUUAUCAGAUAUCCAUAAUUUGUUACCAGGAACAAUAGCAGUUUUCUCACAAAUUAAUCAAUUUGGUAGAUUAAGACUUAGAGCGGAAGUAUAUAGAUUAACGUACGCAAAAAGACAUAUCAGAUCAGUGAAUGUAUUAUCUAAAUUUGUUUUAGAUGAUAAUAUGACUAAUACCUAUCCGGGUCAAAUACAAUUUUUUUUUUGA